UGUGUUAAUUGGAGAUUGGUUGCACAUUUAUGACCCCAUCAUGCAGUGCGGCGGCUUGUAGUUUUACUGUCUUGCUUGAAGACAAAACAUUUUUAAAAACAAAAGCAAUUGCAAAUACAAUUGAGAUACUUUUAUAAUAAUGGAGAUAGGGACGGAGAUCAGUAAGAAAAUAAGGGCUGCUAUUAAGGGGAAAUUACAAGAACUGGGUGCCUAUGUGGAUGAAGAGCUACCUGAUUACAUCAUGGUGAUGGUUGCUAACAAAAAGAAUGCCCAACAGAUGACUGACGACCUUUCUCUCUUUCUGGGCAACAAUACUGUAAAAUUUACUAUAUGGUUACACGACGUGCUAGAAAAACUGCGUUCUGUUGCUGUUGAACCCCUGAAUGAAAAGCCCCAGCCUAUGUACACAGACUCCAGCACAUUGUCACUGUCAAGAAAAAGCAGAUUGACAGCUAGUGGGCACAAUGAACGGAGAGGAGACGAGGCUCGUGCACUAGCAGUCUCUAGCUCACGAUCAGAAAGACACGACUUCAGGGUUUCUACAAGCUCAUCACAGGAGCACAUCAUUUCCAGCGGAGGAAGAUCCUCAUCAGAAAGGAAUGUUCCUCGAUUAAUGUCAACAGUGAAGCCCCUAAUGGAGCUUUCGUCUGCAGAGGCCGUGAUUGAUAUUAAACCUGAACCUGAUGAUGACCUCAUUGAUGAAGAUCUGAACAUUGUACCAGAUGCUGCAUCCUCCUCAGCAGCCAGAAAGAAGCCUUUAGUUACUGUAACCUACAGUUCGACUCGACCUUCGGCAGAGCUUUACAAGCCUCCAGGAAGCAGCCAACACUCGCUAAUGACUUCAGAUAACAGCUCACACUCUUCUAACCGAACAGAUGAGAGCAGUGUGUUUGGUCACAGACCUGUUGAGAUCCUCAGGUCCACAGAAAGUGCCUCUGGGACGUUCAACAGACUUGCAGAAAACUACAUUAGCAGAUCUACCAAGCCAAAUGUUGACAGAGUUAGUAGAGAAGAAGAAGCAUCCAGAAAGCGAAAAGUGCCAGUUAUCAGUUCGGUGGUGAAAGUAGGUAAAUCUGGGAGUGAAGGCCAGGACAUUGAGGAAGUGAGAGAAGAGGAAGAGGAGGAGGAGGAGGAGGAUGAGGAGAGUUACGUUAGCAGGACUGGCAGUCUCUCAAGCAGUGUCUCUGUGCCCUCCAAACCUGAACGAAGACCCUCAUUGCCACCUUCGAAGCAAGCUAAUAGAAAUUUGAUAUUAAAAGCAAUUUCUGAAGCUCAGGAAUCUGUGUCCAAGACAACCAGUUACCCUCCAGUGUCCCAGAGACAGAUGGUUCCUGUUGCCCCCAGAACACGCAUGACUAGUGAGGAAACCAAUGCUGUAACCCAACAUGUGCAAGAGAACCUUCACCAUCUAGAUCCCAGGCUUCAUGUGGAGGCUUCAGAAGAGACAGGCUUGCAGAGACUGCCAGUUCAGUCAAGAUCACUGGUCUCCCGUCUUCAGCUUGAUGCACCAGAAGAAACCUUAAGUAGUCUUCAAGAAGUGGGUGAAAUGGCAGACAGGAAGCCUGAUGACACUCGGUCAUUUAUCCUAAAGAGAGCCGUGUUGGAUGAAGUGAGGACCCUUAAAAGCAGACUCGGAGCACAACACGCGGAGAGGGUACCCGCACUGCCGGCACGUUUGGUACAGACAAGUAGAGAGGCACAUGAGUCUCAGAGAUCUUCCAGUCCUAAAUUUAUUGUUACGUUGGAUGGGGUGCCCAGCCCACCAGGAUUCACACCUGAUCAAGAAGAAGCGGAAACUGUUUUGAAGGAAAAGAUGAAAACAACCAAGACCAGUGUUCCACACGGCCAAUUGGAAAAGAAACACAAGCUUAUGCCACAGCAGAGACUAGCAGGGGAAUUACCGGUCGAUUACUCUGAUGAUGAGGCGGAAGUAGAUCAUGGUCCUGUAAAACGUCAGAAAGUACUGGAGCGUUGCAAGUUCUGGCCUGCCUGUAAAAGUGGAGAUGAUUGCCCAUACCAUCACCCAAAAACAUUAUGCAAGACAUUUCCCAACUGCAAGUUUGGAGAGAAGUGUUUGUUUAUUCAUCCAAACUGUAAAUAUGAUGCAAAGUGCACCAAGCCGAACUGUCCAUUCACUCACACUGGACGAAAACAUCCAGCACCGCCAGCUAAAGCACCAGCACCGUCAGUAUCUGGCAAUGUAUGUCAUUUCUUUCCAGAGUGCAAGAGUAUGGACUGCCAAUUUUAUCACCCUAAACCUUGCAGAUUUACCACGCAGUGUAAGAGACCUGACUGCAGUUUCUAUCAUCCAACGGUUUCAUUACCUCCACGACACGCUCUUAAAUGGACAAGAGCGCAAAACAGUUAACUUUCACAGAAGGAUCCCCAAGGAUAAUGAAAUCCCACAACUAGACACCUCUGCUCAAGUACUGAGGAGUCCAGUUUGACUAAUUUACUUUUGGUUACAAAAAAAAAAAUGGUUGUGUUGUUUAAAUGGCUUGUAAACUGUGAAUGCUUUCUUUUUGUAAACUAACAUUAGAGUAGCAGUUUCUGUAAACUUUUUUUUUAUUUUUUAAAUUGUUCAGUUGACAACUCCAAUGUGAACAUUGAAAAAACUAAAACUGGCAUGUUGUAAACUUAAUACCAAUUUUCCUUUUAAACUGGGGGGCCAUUGCUGUAAUAAAACAGUGGUGCUUAA